UAAUGUGAAAAUAAUAUAAAUUUACAUUAUUUAAGACAGAACUUAGUAAGGUAUACGUUUUGCGCGUAGUGAACUUUGUCUGCAGAACAUAUAAUACAAAAACAGUAGUGUGUUUAUAUAAAAACGAAAUGACGUCCAUAAUUAGAAGAAUAAUUACUUCAAUUAAAGCACCAAAACCUGCAGCUCCAUAUAAUCAAGCAAUUGUCGUAGACAAUUUUGUUUUCUUAUCUGGAGUUUUGGGUAUGGAUAAAGAUACAAUGAAACUUGUAGAAGGUGGUAUUAGAGCUGAAACUAGACAGGCGCUGAAAAAUAUUGGAUACAUCUUGGAAGCUGCGGGCUCUAGUUACGAAAAUGUCAUCAAAAACACUGUAAUGUUGAAUGACAUAAAGGAUUAUGGAACCGUGAAUGAUAUUUACAAAGAAUUUUUUAAGAAGGAUUUUCCCGCACGUUCCUGUUACCAGGUGGGAAAACUACCAUUAGGAGCAAACAUUGAAAUUGAAGUAAUCGCAGUCGCGGGAAACGCUAAAACUAUUCAGUUAAAACUUUAGGAGAAUAUUAAUUUUACCAACUCAGACCCAAGUUUAUUAUUAUUUUCAAUAAAUAAAUAAAUAAUAUCGAA